AUGACAGCGCGUCAGGCGGUGCUGGCGAGUGUCGUCGAUUCUACUCAUGUGUCACUCACUGGCCGCACGGGCAAUAAGAAGCAACUCAACGAAUCCGAGCUCGCCCUCCGCCGCGAAGAGACAGCCCGAAAACGCAAGAACCUAUCCGAGAAAAAACUAGAAGAUGAGAAACUGGAGACCAUCAACCGGUUGCUGAAGAAACAAAGUAGACCCAGAGGUCGGAGACCCGCCAAUGCGUUGCCGCUGGAAGACACGCCUUCCGCCACUCCCAAGGUCAAAGCCAAGUCAAAGCUGUCAAAGGAGCGAGAUGUCGACGAGGACGUGGAUAUGGAUGACACGGAGGAGAAGGAGGAAGCGGAACGGGAGGGGGAGGAGAAAGAGCAAUCGAAACCCGUGACGAUGUAUCGUCGGGUGACUUCCACCCAGGGUGAUGGAGAAGACAAGAAAACGGUCAUUUCUUUCUCUGUACCCACCACCCUUUUGCCGCCAGUGGAAAGCCCCAUGCCCGAUCUCUUACAGCCCUCCGGUCGCGGUCCAGGAGUAUGUGCUAUUGAAGGGUGCUCUGGUGCACGAAAGUAUCGUCUCGUGAAGGAUUGGUCUAUAGGCGCAUGUGGGCUGGAUCAUUUACGGUUGUUGGAGGGUCGGUAG